AUGGCGUACGACCCUCCGCAGACCUAUAAUGGCAGCGACAUCGCGAUGCAGAAUGUGGACACGUCCUAUUCAAACUCUCCACCAGUAGCCUCCCCGGAGAUGAUGGAUGCCAAAGGUGGGGCGUACACGUAUCUCAGCACACCUGCUUCUUCCUCCGACGCAGAAGAUGGACCCCAUCACCACCAUCAUCACCAUCACGUUAAACGCUUCGACCACAACGAGGCAAGAAAGACGCUUCUCAAGACGGGCGCAUCGAAGUUGCUGAUAUCCAUCUUCUUUAGCGCGGCAAUAUGUGUCUGUCUGAAAGCAUGGGAAGGCUUCCGCACACCUGUUGUCCUUUCGAAGACUGAUGUUCGCGUUUUCAACUCUCUGACGAUUGGGCUUUCUCUCUGUCUAGGCCUCAACAUCUUGGCAUCACUCAAACAUUACGCAGCCACCUUUCGAUGGUCCUUUUUGACACGGCGGUACGUCAGUCUGGAGGUCUUUGAUCUUAUUCUGCACCUGAGCUCGCUUGCCAAAGUCACAAAACUAAUGAUCAUCUCCUCACCUGGAUUCCGCGGCCGGACAUUUUUGCGAAGAUUCAGAUGGUUUAAGGACGUCAGAGAUGAUGGGACCAAGUGGAUGUGGCUUGCUUGCCUUCUGUGGCUCUUUAUCAACAUAAGUUCACAGGUCUUAGUUGCUUUACUGAGUUUGUUCUGGCCUAUGAGUAACUCCGAGGUUCCACUGCUUACAUACGGCAAUGUAACGGUGGCGGACCUGAACACUUGGUACAUUGAUACGAACUCCAAACCCGACAGCGACUCCAUGGCCAACGAAACGUCCCUGGAAGCUGCAUGGAUGUUUGGCAUGGAGGCUAUGUUUUAUCCUGAGUUUCCACUUGGUGAAGUCAAGAGGGAUUUCUCUAACAUGCCCGGCACGCCACUGUACAAGGGAGAUAGUUCCUACAAUUACCUCUUUUUCAAUCGAGAUCCAACUCAUCAAUACACCAACUACCUUGUCAGCUCACGAAACGUAUCUGCGGUCACAACGUGUGAGCAGCUCGAAGUGCGCGGCAAUGGGACCGUCAUCGAAACCUCUAAAGAGGUCAAGAAAUUUGGAAGCACAUACAUCGAGGGUAAAGCGCCGGGGAGGGCCUGGGGCAAAUAUCCCAUCCCCGAACAUGCAACCGGAGCGAUUACAUGGAUUGCAUCAGUAAAUGCCUUCUGUGGGCCACGAUGCACAAACUUCACAGUCUUACAGUAUGGCUUCGACGACCGGGUCAUGACAACCUCCUUAUUCCUCUGCAAUAGCACGUUGGGCAAUAUUACCAAGGCGCACGCUAAAGACGACAUUACUCCUCAUACCGACGCCGACAAUGUCUCGGUUUAUGGAACCAAUGAGUUUGCACGAAUCGCCGCAGGGGCCAUUGGCUGGACAGGAAUUCCUUGGAACGACUGGCUAGACCGACAAUCGCGGUCCUACUCGCAAGGCUCAAAAUGGUCGCCCGCCAAAGUUGUCUCCAAAAAGGAUGUCGAAGAGAUGCUAAUGCGCUUCACCAUCGGCGCCGUCGCUGCCUUUGACGACCAUGGCAUCCGCUACAACAUGACAUCCCAGCGUGUCGUCCCUACACAAGGCCAACAACUCGACGUUGACUGGUCCUACAUCUUCAGCAUUCUCGGCGGCAUCUGCGGGAUCCAGUUCUUCGCGCUCUGUCUUAUGGUCAUCUUCGCUAACCGCACGAUUGUGAGAGAUGAUAGUUUAUUCAGCAUGGCGAUGCUGUUGAGUCCUGUCGUAGAGAGGAUUGGAAAGGCGGGUAUGAAUAUGAGCGGAGAUGAGAUUAAGGAUCAUCCCAAGUUAAAGUGGAAGAAGAUUAGGUAUGAUUAUAGAGAGGGCAAGGAUGGGGAGCCAAAUCAGGUGGACAUCUUCUUCGAGGGCAAGGAUCAGAAAGAGGGAAGGAAAAGUUGGGCGCCUGGAUCCUAUAGUUGA